CCUCUCUCUCUCUCUAAUUCACUCUCAUCUUUCCAUUUUCCAUGGUGGACCUCAGCAUUUAUUCCAAUUGGGAAGUGGGAUCACAGUACUUUAUUAGUAUAAUACCCCAAGCCAAGUCAAGUUUUUGGCUCUGAGCCGCCCUCCCCUAGCAGCUGAACUUCUUUGUCAUCAUCAUCUUCCCUAAUCAUAAGUCCAUUACCCAUAACCUCUCAUCCGUUGUGGACUUGUGGUCCUUGUGGAGCAUAUAUCACUUUGCAGAGUAUAGGGGCUUGUAGUCUCUCUCUCUCUAGAGUCCUAGUCUAGAUUCGUUAAGCACCUUUCAGCUCUGCUCUCAAAGAUCCUUCUAUUCUGCAACUUUUCUUGAAAAUUUUUGUUGAACAAGCAAUUCAAAAAGUUCAAAAGCUAAAAAACCCAUGUUCUUAUCUUCCUAAAAAGCCACGAUCAAUCUCUCUCUCGCUCUCUUUUUGAGGGUUUGGUUACGAUUAACAAGACUAUGCAAACCAUUAGAGUCUCCCAAAAAAAGAGCAUGAGACCACUGUUCCCCUCUCUCUCUCUUACUUUUUUUCUUUCUUUCUUCUGUGAUGGUAUUAGCAAGAUUCUGGAGCCAUGGAAUCAAAGACCCUACAUUCAGUGUCCCCACAAAUAGCUAGAGACUACUGUUCCUCUCUCUCUCUCUCUCUCUCUCUCUCUCUCUCUCUCUCUCUCUCUCUCUCUCUCUCUCUCUCUCUAUGUGAUGGGCAUUUAGUAGAUUCUGCAACGAUGAGAACCAAGACCUACCACUACAGUCUCUCACCACAAAGAGCUUGAUGCCAGUGAUGCUCUCUCUCUGUCCUUCUCCUCUGUGAUGGGAAUUAACAAGAUUCUGGGGCUAUGAAGACGAAGACCCAGCAUUUCACUCUUCCCACGAAGAGUGGUAAUGGUUACAGCAGCGAGAGCAGUUCUUCGAGUCCACCUUCCUCCCCAAGGAGACCUUAUCGUGGUCCACAUUACAGGCGUCGUCUACGGUCGAAGGUUCACUCGCAAACUCAUCAUCGCGAGAGCUUCUUCUCCUCUGUCCUCCUCCGCUGCAAUGUGCGGAUUUUCCUUCUGCUACCCCUGUUUUACUUCUCUGGGUUGCUCAUGUGCGUUGGCACCUUCACUGCUCUCCUCCGUUCUGUUCCUCCGGUUCCUGGGUCGGUGUACCGAAGCCACGAGGUGUUCCUGAAGCUCUGGCCUGAAAUUCAGUCCGAUAAUGGAUCCGCCAUUGAGUUGUCUUCCGUAUGGAAGUACAGAAGGAGGCUGACAGAAAGGAAAAACUGUUCAAGUCCAACCUCUGGAGGUCGCUUUGGGUUCACACAACCUAUUGGUUACUUGAUUGUUGAGGCUAAUGGUGGUCUUAAUCAGCAACGCUCAUCAAUCUGCAGUGCGGUGGCUGUGGCAGGGCUUUUGAAUGCUGUGCUGGUCAUUCCUCAGUUUCAGUUUCACAGUGUAUGGAGGGAUCCAAGUGGGUUUGGAGACAUAUAUGAUGAAGAUCAUUUUAUAACCACGCUGAGAGGCUAUGUGACUGUGGUGCAGGAAUUACCUGAGGCAUUGAUGGAAAGAUAUGAUAACAACAUUAGUAAUAUACCAAUCUUCAGAGCCAAAGCUUGGGCACCAGUCAGUUAUUAUUUGGGAGAAGUUUACCCUAUCUUGCAAGAACAAGGGGUUAUCCGCAUAGUGCCCUUUGCGAACAGAUUGGCAAUGCAAGUUCCAUCUAAUAUUCAAUAUCUUAGAUGCAUAGCCAAUUAUGAAGCGCUGAGAUUUUCUGCUCCUAUUGCAAAACUAGCUAAGGAAUUAGUCAAUCGCAUGGUUAAGAAGAGCUCAAUGAGUGGUGGGAAGUAUGUCUCCAUCCAUCUUCGUUUUGAGGAGGAUAUGGUGGCUUUCUCAUGCUGCGUGUAUGAUGGAGGGAAGACUGAAAAGUUAGAAAUGGAUUCAGUUCGUGAAAAGGGGUGGAGAGGAAAGUUUAAAAGUAAAAAUCGUGUGAUCGAACCUGGCCUAAAUAGAAUCAAUGGAAAAUGUCCACUGACUCCCUUGGAGGUUGGAAUGAUGCUAAGGGGCAUGGGCUUUGACAACUACACUUCGAUUUAUCUUGCAUCUGGUAAAAUAUACCAGGCUGAGAAGAAUCUGGCUCCACUACUGAAGAUGUUUCCCCUUCUCCAAACCAAGGAGUCUCUUGCCACUGGGGAGGAGCUUGCUUCUUUUGAGGGCUAUUCUUCGAAGUUGGCUGCUUUGGACUAUACCGUUUGCUUGUUUAGUGAAGUUUUCGUGACAACACAAGGGGGCAACUUCCCUCAUUUUCUUAUGGGCCACAGACGGUUCCUUUAUGAUGGACAUGCUAAAACAAUCAAACCAGACAAACAAAAGCUAGUUUUUUUACUUCAAGACACUACCAUAAGCUGGAAAGCUUUCAAGGAGCAAAUGAAACUAAUGCGCAUAGGAAAUGACCGGAUAAGUGUAACUAGAACCAAAAAGGCUAGCAAAAGAUCAUCCAUCUACUCUUAUCCUUUGCCAGAAUGCCGGUGUCUCCAGGGAUCACCAAAUUUUACAGUUGGGUCACACAUGCUUGGCCACCAGCUCAAAUAUUUAGCGUAAGAAUUCAGCGACAGCAGUUUCUUUCUGGUGGAGCCACUGUCAUUUAUCCUCUGAUGACGCCUUGCAACUGCUUCCUUUCUCUUUUUCGUUUUCCGUUCUCUGUUCAUGAUUUUCUCCCUACCACCACAAUGCCUGUUUUACAUGGUGAUUUGAGUUGCUUCUGUUGUAUAGGCUAGAUGCAUGGAUUAGGUAGGUGAGUUGAUAAUGGUGUAUAGCUUGUUGCAGGUUUGUGGAUUUUGAUCCAUGGGGAGUUGAUCAUUUGUCUGUUGGUGUAAUUCUCAAAGAAAAAACUGUGUAUGUACAGUUGGAUCCAUUACCUGAAAGAACUUUGUGAUUCAGGACUCAAAUGUUUGACAGUGGAAUGAUCUGUAGAAAUUGAUUUGAUUGCAAGUUAUUA